AUGGCAUCACCCCAAAAUAUUUCGGUGGAACAAAUGAGAGCUAUUCUCGAUGAAAUAGUUAAUACCUUGGAAUCGCCUGAGUACUCAUCCAAAUUGGAUGAAGCGAAAGAAGCUGCUGGUAAUGAAAUGUUAAAAAUGAUGCAACUAGUUUUUCCAAUGGUAGUACAAAUAAAAAUGGAAACUAUCAAGCGUCAUGGAUUCACUAGUUCUAGGGAAGGUAUAGUACAAUUCACUCAAAUGGUGCGUGAGUUGGAGAGUGUUGACGGUGAAGUUGCUCGUCUCCACAGUCUUAUUCGUAAUCAUUACCUGCCUCCAGUCUCAAUUAGCUCUACAGUAGACACAUCAUUAUAA